ACCAUCUAAUUAAAAAUAAAUCCACAUCAGCGACAAAAGAAAUAUGUCCAGGUUCAACGAACCUGAAAGGCCGCCUUGUUGAAGCCACAAGCGCCUUUCCUCUCCGAUAUUCUCUCUUUCCUAUAUAUUCACAACACAAACACACACACUCCAUAAAUCAUCACUCAUUUCUUACAUAUAAAUCCUCAACCAAGCUUCAAGAUCAUACAAACCUAUACACACAGAUACAUACAUUAACAUACAAUGGCCUUUGCUUCUUCAACUUCUAUAUCAACUUCUUUUUCUUCUUUCGAACAAACAAAAGUUUCGCAGAUAGGGUUAUAUCAGCCGUUGGAUCGGGCUCAUUCUUUAUCGACGGUUUUAAAUGUAUCUAGAAAACGAGUGGUGGUUAAGGCGCUUAAUGCUGAGCCGAAGAGAAGUGAGUCAGUUGUUGUCUCUGCUGCAACUGUAGUGGCUCCUGAAGUGGUGGAGAAAGUGGAAGUGGAGGUAGAGGAUUAUGAGAAACUGGCGAAGGAGCUUGAAAAUGCAUCACCACUUGAAAUUAUGGACAAGGCCCUAGAGAAGUUUGGGAAUGAUAUUGCAAUUGCUUUCAGUGGUGCUGAAGAUGUUGCUUUGAUUGAGUAUGCUCAUUUGACUGGUCGUCCAUUCCGAGUGUUUAGCCUGGACACUGGAAGACUUAAUCCUGAAACAUACAAAUUAUUUGAUGCUGUUGAGAAGCAGUAUGGCAUUCACAUCGAGUACAUGUUUCCAGAUGCUGUUGAAGUUCAGGACUUGGUAAGGACCAAGGGUUUGUUCUCUUUCUAUGAAGAUGGUCAUCAGGAGUGCUGCCGUGUGAGGAAAGUUAGACCUUUGAGGAGGGCUCUUAAAGGCUUGCGAGCAUGGGUUACUGGACAAAGAAAAGACCAGUCACCAGGAACUAGAUCUGAAAUCCCAGUUGUCCAAGUUGAUCCUGUUUUUGAAGGGCUCGAGGGUGGACCUGGUAGUUUGGUGAAAUGGAACCCAGUGGCAAACGUCCAAGGUACUGACAUAUGGAAAUUUCUCCGUACCAUGAAUGUGCCUGUCAACUCAUUGCACGCACAGGGAUACAUCUCUAUUGGUUGCGAGCCCUGCACAAGGCCAGUUCUGCCUGGUCAACACGAGAGAGAAGGAAGGUGGUGGUGGGAGGAUGCUACUGCCAAGGAAUGUGGACUACAUAAAGGCAAUAUCAAGGAAGAGAAUGUAAAUGGCAAUGGAACUGGAGCAGUAAAAGCCAACGGCGAAGCCACUGUCACUGACAUUUUCAACAGCCAGCACGUGGUGAGCUUGAGCAGGCAAGGAAUUGAAAAUUUGAUCAAACUAGAAGAUAGAAAAGAGACAUGGCUUGUUGUUCUUUACGCACCCUGGUGCCAAUUUUGCCAGGCAAUGGAAGGAUCAUACAUGGAAUUGGCUGAGAAGUUAGCUGGAACAGGAGUGAAAGUUGCAAAGUUCCAGGCAGAUGGGGACCAAAAGGCGUAUGCGCAGAAAGAGUUACAACUGGGAAGUUUCCCCACUAUACUUUUCUAUCCUAAACAUUCUUCUCGUGCUGUGAAGUACCCGUCUGAAAAGAGGGAUGUUGAGUCCUUGUUAGCAUUCGUGAAUGCUCUUAGAUGAUCAACACCAAACUCUGCCGAUAUAGUAUCAGGUCUCUGCUGAUUUAUACAAGUUGAAGUAGCAGCUGUUAUGGAGGAGUCCACCUCGUGAUGAAUGUAUCAUUGCCGGAAUCAACUCUGAGAUGGGAUGACCCUGUAUAUUUUCACAAAAAUAUAUUUCUAUGUGGGUUUGAGGGCAAUGAUUGUUGCUUUUGUACUCAGUUUUGCCUUUCAGUUCUAGUUCAGACAUUUUGUGAGUUUUUCUAUAUGAUGAAACUCAAUGUUGCAUUGCUCCUGAUAGUGGAGAUUAUUCUUCAA